UACAUAAGACCUUCGGUAUAAAAAAUCUCGUAAAUUUCGGUUAAAAUUUUUGUUGAUUUAAUAUUCUAAAAAUGGAAAUAUUACGCGAAAAAGUUUUUGUCAUCAAAGUAAAACGUAAAUAAUAACUAAAUCGCGUUAAAUGAGAAAAAGUUUAACUUUGAAUUCAUUAUAAUUCGUAUUUUAUAUUCAUUAUUGGACUGUUUGGAAAUUUAUACAUAAUUUUGUUAAAACUUUCUGGAAUAGUUUUCGUACAAAAAUGGAAGGAAAACAGAAAAAAGUGUCUGUAAUAUCAAGACUAACAUUUGUAUUAGAAACACCACAUCAACGAAAUCAGUAUAUGGCUGGUUUUUUAGCCACAAUUGUAAUGUUUAUGGCUGGAACAUGUAUUGGAUGGGCUUCACCAACACAAAUUAAAUUAAACGAUGGAGAUACACCAUUCGAAUGCUCAGAAAGUGAUUGGGCCUGGGCUGUUUCAUUUUUAACAUUAGCAGGUGUACCGUGGGCUAUAUUUGCUGGAAAAUUUGCGGAUAUAUUAGGACGACGUUUUACAUUACUAUUAGCUGGACCGAUAUAUUUGGUUGGAUGGAUCAUAACAUAUUUUUCAUACAGUUGUUAUGCUUUAUUUGCUGCCAGAUUGAUAUCGGGUGGUGGUGUUGCUGUUGGUGGAGCAGUUUGUGCUUUAUACAUUGGUGAAAUAUGUGAACCAGAUAUUCGUGGUCGAGUUGGAACUUUGGUAAUGUUCAUGAAUAAUUGUGGCGUGCUAUUUUCCUUGUGCGUUGGUCCAUAUGUAUCGAACGGUGCAUUUGUAAUAAUUUUAUCGACCAUUCCGAUUAUAUUUUUUGCAACAUUUUAUUGGAUGCCCGAAACACCAUAUUACAGAUUACGGCAAGGUAGACGAGACGAAGCUAUGAAAUGUUUAUUAAAGUUUCGUGGUUUAACAGAUGAUAAGAAUCUAGAAAAUGAAUUGGACGCGAUGCAACGUAGUGUUGUGGCUGAAAUGGAGAAUAAAACAUCAGUUCUUGAAUUAUUUAAACAACCGAUGACUCGAAAAGCUUUGAUUAUUGUUUUAGGUGUCAAAACAAUUCAACAUUUCAGUGGUAUCGCAGCAAUACAAUCAUUUAUGCAACAAAUUUUUGAAGAAACUGGAUCAAAUAUCCCAGCAGCACUUGCAGCGAUUAUAUGUGGUGUCGUUCAAUUAUUAUCAGGAAUGUUUUCCGCUUUCUUUGUGGAUCGCUUCGGUCGUAAACCAUUGCUACUCACUUCAACUUUUGGCUGUGCCGUAGCCCUGUUCUUUGUAGGACUAUUUUUCUUCUUGAAAAAUUUUAUUGAAUGUAAUGUAACGUCCAUUAAUUGGUUACCAUUAGUAUCAAUAAUGUUUUUCAUGACAGCCCAACCCAUUGGUGUUGGAUCAUUAUCGUACAUUUUCUUAAGUGAAUUAUUUCCCACGAAUUUAAAAGGUAAUGCGGCAAUAAUAGCUACGAUGUACGGUUCGUUUUCUUCAUUUACUGUAACAAAAUUAUUUUCGGUUAUUUCGGAAAAUCUUGAUUUGUUUGUAACAUUUUGGAUAUGUUUUAUAAUAAUGAUUGGAGGUAUAAUCUUUACCAUUUUUUGUGUUCGGGAAACAAAAGGUAAAACUCUUUCACAGAUUCAAAAUGAUUUUCUUCAUCAUGGAAAAGGAAAAGCAUCUAUGGUGCAAGUGGUUGUAUAAAUUUCCAAACAGAACAAUAAUGCUUGUCUAAUAUGAAUCCUGAAAUAGUACAUUAUUAAAGUGUUUCGGCUGUCUUGUGUCAACUAGGCAAUUUGUAUGACGUGAAUGUAAGAAAAUACUCAAAAAAUAUCGUAAACUAGGCAAUUUGUAUGACGUAACUGUAAGAAUAAUGCUUUAAAAAUAUCGUAAUAGCGUCAAAAAUCAAAAUUUUUUUAUGUUCCCUGUUUGGAAAGCGUCGUAAGUUAAUGUUGUGAUCAAGAGACUUUGAACUAUCUUUUACUGCAAAAAAAUGGACAUUCAGCGUACUUGCUCAAACAGCCGAACCACUUUAAUUAAUUCAAUGAAAUAUUUCAUGUCUAAUGAAUAUUAAGUUAGCAAUGCCAUUAAUAAUUAAUAAUAAUUGCAGUC